CUCGCGCCAACGCAUACUUGCAAACGGAUAUGGUGGACGCUAAAUCUAAAUUAUAAGUAACAAUAAUAUAAAUGAAUAAAUGUUUGAUUUCCAAACGGAAAAUAGAACAUGAAAGAAAUGGAUAUAAUAUUAUAAAGUUAGCAGAGUUUCUUUUCAAUGGAUGCUAUGGAAGAGACUGUAGAUGUAGAUGAAGGAUCUCCAGACUCUGCUGAUGGUGACACAACUGAUACACAGACUUCUCAAGAUCCCAAUGGAUGCAAGAACAGAUCAAAAAGAAAACCCUCAAAAACUCAGAUCAAACAUAUAGCCCCCAAAGAGGAAAAUUGUGACACAUCUAAAUAUGGUGCACAAAACAUUGAUGACUUGUUCAACGAUGUCACCCAAGGCCUAUAUCGAGGAGCACACUUACAACUUUGCUCUUCACAACCUUUAAAUUCUGAAUCCCUUGCAUCUAGUUGUGCUUCCUACAAUUGCUCCACGCCUCAGGCAACUCCAAAACGUAACAGAAGGUUGUCUGCAGGAUCAGCAGCAAGCAUCAGAGCGUCACUGUCACGUCCUCCUCCAAGUUAUCCCUGUGGUAUAUGUGGUAAAGUGUUUCGUGUUCCAAGUCGUUAUGACAGUCACAUGCUGGGUCAUAGCAAAGGAAAACCUUUCUGCUGUAACACUUGUGGCAAAAUGUUCUCAACAGAAGACAAACUUGAGCAUCAUCUGCCAGUGCACAAUACUGAUCGCAAAGCUUCUUUUACUUGUGAAAGUUGUGGCAAGAUGUGUGUUAACUGGCGUGCAUACCUUUAUCAUUUGAAAGCUAAACACACCGAAUCUGGUGGGAAAAGAUUUUCUUGCAAUUUAUGUGGCAGGCAGUUUCAUACAGGACAACGUUUAAGAAACCACAUGGCUAGCCAUGAAAUCGGCAAAAAUCAUUGCUGUAAUAUUUGUGGCAAGUUGUUUGAGAGUAAAAAGAAAUUGGACACCCACGUCAUGGUUCAUAAUCUGACCAGUAAACACGACCAAAAUUUGCAGUGUUCAGACUGUGGUCGCCAGUACAGCGAAUGGAUAGCCUUCAAACAGCACAUGAAAACACAUGGUGCUGAAGGUGUGCAGUAUCCCUGUGGGCUGUGUGAGAAAAUUUUCCCAACACAGUAUGAGAAGGAGAAACAUAAACGUGUCCACAAACAGGUUCAGUGUGAGUUCUGUGAGAGGUUUUUUCGCUCUGCAUCGGUUUUGUCUGUGCAUUUGAGGAUUCAUACAGGGGAGAGACCUUAUAAAUGUGGCUUGUGUGAAAGGGACUUUUCACAGGCUUCUGUAUUGAAAGUUCAUAUGAGGACACACAGGAAAGAGGGUAAGUAUGACUGUAAACGGUGUGGCAAGGUAUUUCUAGAGGUCAUGGAAUUUUUUAAGCAUCACAUGGGGCAUCUUGAAGAAGGAAAUCUUCAGUGUGAAGAGUGUGGGAAAAUGUUUGAGAGCAUAAACAAUAAAAAUCGCCACAUGGCAGCACACAGGGACAGGGCUGGAAGAAUUUGUCACAUCUGUGGCAAAGAGUUUGGCAGGGUGUCACAUCUUGAGGCGCAUAUGAUAUGUCACUCGAAUCAGCUGCCUCUUCUUUGUAAAAUUUGUGGGAAAGUGUUUCCAAAUGAAGAGGCACUGACCACUCACUUUGCCAGCCACGUAGGAGGAGAAUCACCAGGAAGCACUCAGUUGUCAGGUACUAAAGGACCACUUUUUUGUGGCUUAUGUGGGAAGAUGUUUAAAGGCCAAGUAUUUCUAAACAAUCAUAUGAAAAGGCAUGAGCGUGGAGGAUUGGAUUCACGAGGGAGAAACCAGAUACCUGAUGAGGAUGUUGAGGAAGUAGAUGGUGGAGAGUUUGUGUGCGCUGACUGUGGCAAAGCCUUCGGUAAGAAGCAUCAUUUGGCUGUGCACAGGCGAGAACAUACUGGUGAGCGGCCAUAUACCUGCAUUUUGUGUGCUCAGAGCUUCACCUUGCGCAAAUCACUUUUGGAACACAUCAGUGAACACAAGCGUAAUGGUCUCAUGAUGUAUACAGUUAAUCACGAAAUUACAAAUGUUGCUAGUGAGAACUCUGACAAUCUUAAACCCGCUGGUAGCAGUUUUCAAGACAGUGACAGCGGUUCAGACACUGAAACUGAUCAUGAAGGCAGUGAUAAUAUCCAAACUAAACCUCACACAGCAACCUCUAAGUAUGAAACACGAGUCUAUCCCAGUCAUUCAUUGCCUGUGCAAAACAACACAUUUAAAGAUGACUCAUAUUUAAAGCAGCAAACAGGCACCUAUCAAGAUAAAAACUUCGCUAAUAUUUCUACAAAUUCUUAUGCAGAUAAAUUAUAUGUAGAUACUCCAAACCUUUUGUAUCAAGAGAAACAUUAUCAGAGGACCAGUCAUAGUGGGUUCCCUGAUAAACACUACUCUGUUAGCCAAGCAAACUUGUUUAAUGAAAAUAAGAAUUUUAUGAACAAUGCACUGGGUGCAAUGGUCAGUCCUGGUAAUGCUUACAACAAAAAAUCCUUCUCCCAGAGCCCCAACACAUCUUUGGAAGAGAAACAGUAUUUAGAAAGCUCAGCCACUGUGUUUUCCAAUAAAAACUUGGUUGAGAGCAGGAAGGGUUUCUCUGAUGAAAAUUCCACCCUAAUAAAAAGUCAGUCUACAAUUUCAAACAGUGACCAUUUAAUGCAGCCAUAUGGCAUCACAAGAAAUCACUAUAGUAUGUCACCGUUAACUUCCAACCAAAUAUCAUUGAAUAACAGUAUUCAUUUGCACCACACUCAUAUGCCCAGUGAGGCAUAUUCUUCUCCUGAUAUGCAAAUUAGUCAAAGCGAUCGUAUUUCCUCAAGUCUGGCUAUGCAUCGUCCAGAUCAUCACUUGGCAUCUAGUGUACAAUUAAGCCCUCUUCAUGACUACAAACAUGAAAUGUCAGGAUAUGCAUUUCCAUAUAAUAAAACCUACAUGACUGCCAAUGUGAAUAGCUUGAACUCACGAAACACAUUCCAUGGUGGAUUUCAUAGAUUUCACCAAGACCAACAGCUCUCUUCAUUUCAACUUCUUCCACAAACUGCUUUUCCUGAAAAUUCUCAUCAUGCCUAAAAAUAACCUUUUCCUAAUGUAUUAUUGUAAAAUCUACAUAUCAUUCAGAACUUUAAGUAGUUUAAAAAGGAAUCAUUUUUAUAACUACACAAUUUAUAACCUCACAAAGACAAAUUUAAGGCAUAAUGUUAUGAAAACCUGUAAGAGUUACAAGAUUAAUAUCUCCAUCAUUGUAAAAACUCAAAGUUUGUGAAUUUCUUAUAACUAAUUGUUAUGUGAUAAAAACAAAAAAGUGUCUGCCAAGAAAAAAUUGUGUCAGCUGUUAAGACAUAUAUUUUAUUGUAUAAUAUUAAAAUGUUAUUACCAUUGUCUGAUAUUAAAAUACUAAAUAACUAAAAUGGAUUUGUAUAUUCUGAAACAAUGUUUAAUAUUUCAAAUUGUUCUCACAUUCUUGGCCAUGUAGACAUCAUUAAAUACUUCAAACUGCUCAUUACAAAGUAAAAUGAUGUCAAUUAUAGUCUACUUUAAAAGACGACAGUAGACUAGACUCACACUUUAGUCAAGUCAUUGGUAAAAGUCUUCUAUUAAGAAUAAAUGCAUUACUCAAAAUAGGUUUUCUUCCAAUUAAUUGGUGCUUUCAAUUUGAUGUUUAAUUGUAUAUUAUAAUAAUAAUGUAAAAUAAUGUACACAUUGGGUGUAUAUAUUUAAACAAAAAAUAUUAGGACACACUACUAGUACUAGUAACUAUUUAAUCCUAAUUGUAUAGAUUGUACAAGAUAUAAGAUACUUGAUGUUUGAACAAAGGAGAAUGAUGGUUGACACUUCUUGUAUGUUGCCCCAACAGUCCAACAGACUAAGGAAUAGGUGAAGGUGAUGUUUGAACAUAACCAUGUUGAAGAUAAUCAAGCAUUUCAUCAAUAAUUUUUUUUACAUUCUUAACAGUGAUCACUGUACUUGAUGGCUGAGUAGUAAAGUGCUUGGCUUCCAAACUGAGGUGUCAUGGGUUCGAAUCUCUGUGAAGACUGGGAUUUUAGGAUUUUUAGGACGCCCCCCGAGUCCACCAACUCUAACGAGUACCUAACAUUAGUUGGGAAAGUAAAGAUGGUUGGUCGUUAAACGUAUGCCAAUAGAAACAGGUGACAUUUACAUUAUCUGCCCCCUAGAUCACAUGGUCUUAAGGGAGGUACUUUAACAGUGUCCAUUAAUACAAAUUUGGUCAGAUACAUUUCAUUCAAUUUCAUUUGUGGGGUACAAUUCAUUUAACAACAGCAUCAUCCAGAAAGAUGUGUUCAGAGUAAAAACUUUAUAUUAUUUUGUAUGUAUUUUAUUCUUACUGACAUAAUAGUCUAUGUAUUAUUUAAAACAAUGAUAUUUUUAAGCUUUACAUACAUGUAUAAUGUUUACAUUGAGUUUUUAUCUACUAAUGUGUGAUAUUCGAUGAUUUCUAGUCAUGUAAUGCUUAUAUUUUAAAUGUAAAUAUACACUCAGAUCUGCUCAUUUCAAAAACUUUUGUAUUUUGAUGGCAGUGGGCAAGUAGAAUCUCAGCCUGAUCAUGCAUAAAUAAUAUUUACUUUCAUGUAUUUAUAUAUUUUUCUCAGAAUUUUUUUAUAAAUAGUUUUUUACUUGUAUAUAAUUUAAUAAUGAUUGUUAUAAAUCCUGCUAAGUUUUCUUAAAAAUGGAUGACUUUUUGAAUUUAUUUAUGUGCACAAAUCCCUAGAUUGAUUUCAGUCACACCAUUGUCUUAUCUCAAUUCAAAAACAGCUAAUUUGAUGAGCUUUAAAAAAGUAGGCUUUCUUUAUAUGAAACAAAUAUUGAGCAACAGUCAAGAAUAGUAAUAAACUCUACUAAAUUUGCUAAUAACAAUAAAACUCUUUAUAAAUAGUGAUUUCAAAACUUAAAAAAAAAAUGUUGUGUUCACAUUAGUUAGUGGCCUACAACAUAAAAUGUACUCUUAUUAAGACUAUCUAGCAUGUCUGACUUAGUUAAGCGAUUAAAUGAAAUUUUUCAAAAAUUUAAUAUUCAAUUUAAUGCAUUUGGUAUAUAGGUAAGUGAGAAACAUUAUUUCCAAAAAUCAUAGUGAUAUAGUGUAGGCUAUUCGUUAUCCUUUUUAAUAAAGAGUGUUUAUAUACAAAUAGUUAUUCAUUUUUUUAAUACUAAUAUUGAUAAUGGUUACUACAGCUAGGUAACGUAGAUAUAUACUCUGUAUGACUGUCAGAGUAUUGCAUACAUCUAUUUUUUUUAAUGUUCAGUAUAUGAUAUUCAUGUUAAAUAAAUAGUUGACAAUA